UUUAAACACACACGCCCGUAGUUCAGCACUUUGGCAAUUAUACGAUUGUUCCCGAUUAAUACAGCAUAGACACCGAAUAAAUUAUUUAGUCUACAGUAGAAAUUAAACCAUCGUUCAAGCUGAAUAGAGAAAAUAAAUCUUGGUUACCAGAGAUACGGGUCAAUAGAAUGGACUUAGGAGACCGGAGGAUCCGUUGUAACACACCAAAAAUCAAAUGUCACGAAAAAAAGAACAAUCGUAAAGAAACCUAUCAUUGGAAGACCAAAGGAAAAAUAAAGUGUCCGGACAAAGGGACAUCGAAAAUCAAAAAACCUGUUCAGAUCAACCCACUAAUGACGAUACUGAUGAGUUCCCGGCCUCAACUUGACCAACCAACCAGUGAUGGGACUUGUACUGAGAGAGUGCCGUUGACAUCGUACAAGACCGUGGUUCUAGAACUUCCCGAAAACUUGCAUUAUAAACCAGCCGUAAAUAAGCCUACUCUUGCCUGCAAAUUAGUAACCCGCAAAUGCAUUGUGCCUGAUUCUAAUAAAUUGAAAUUGAGCUUGAGAUGGUAAAAAUGUACGUGUUGUAAAAAUAAUGAUUAUGUAAUAAGAAUUAGCGAUUAAGUUGUCUUUAAUAA